UGGGGAGGGGUGUUCGGCGCAGUCCGGAAGCGCUCGGGAAAGUUCGGAAGCGGGUUUAAACGGCGGCGAGCGGAGCGCUCUGCUGAGGCGAAGCGCGGGCGGGCAGGGGAUAAAGAGGCGCGGCGAGGAGCGGGCGUCGGUCCCGGGAGGCUCGCGGCGCUGCUUCUCGGGUUGGGAAGCGAGGGCGAGGGCGGCUCCGCGAUGCUCACCGACAGUUUGGUGGAGGAGUUCGAGAUCCGCGAGGAUGAGCCGUGGUACGACCAGCAGGACCUGCAGCAAGAUCUCCAUCUUGCUGCUGAGCUUGGGAAGACACUCUUGGAUCGAAACACAGAGUUGGAGACAUCCCUGCAGCAGAUGUAUUCCACCAAUCAAGAGCAACUGCAGGAGAUAGAGUAUCUUACAAAGCAGGUGGAACUUCUGCGUCAAAUGAAUGAUCAACAUGCCAAAGUUUACGAACAGCUUGAUGUCACUGCCAGAGAACUGGAAGAUGCUAAUCAAAAGCUAGUUUUUGACAGUAGAGCCUCACAGCAAAAGAUAAUAAGCCUUACUGAGACUAUUGAAAGUCUUCAAGCACAUAUCGAUGAUCUCCAGAGACAAGUGGAAGAGUUGAAGAAUUCUGGGCAAGGGUACGCGAAUCGUGAACGGUGUGAGCAUCCAAGAUCUGUUCAUAGUUUUGCAUGUCUGAAGGAAUUGUAUGACCUUCGCAAGUAUUUUGUUUAUGACCAUGUUUUUGCGGAAAAAAUUACUUCUGUGGAUAGCCAACUGAGUCCUCUGGAGGAAGAAAACCAGAGGUUAAAAAAGGCAAUGACUCUUUUGCAAGCACAGCUCAGCAUGGAAAAAGAGAAGAGAAUGACGAUGGAGGAAGAGUACAAUCUCAUGCUGAAGGAGAACUGUGAUCUUGAGCAGAGGUUGGUGGAUGUCGAUCUGUACCGAGCCAGAGCUGAAGAGCUUGAGUUUGAAGUGGCUGAAAUGAAGCAGAUAUUUCAGUCUGAAAGCACCUUUGCUAACGGGGUGGAAAAGCUUGUUCCAGAGUCUUUUUUUAUUUCCUUCAAAGAUUCUUUAGAGAGAGAUCUGAGUCAGAGCCCUUCAGAUUGGAGCUCUUCUGAUGGGGUUCUUUUAACUGUCCCAGAACCCGACAGAAGGGCACUCAAAAGAAGCACCAGCGAGACCUUCCUUGGCAGUGUUGCAGGUGGGGAUCUUCUAAUAAAGGGCCAUGAAGAAACCUGUAUCCGGCGGGCAGAAGCCGUAAAACAAAGGGGCAUCUCUCUGCUUAACGAGGUUGAUGCACAGUAUAACGCUUUGAAGGUCAAGUAUGAAGAACUCCUGAAGAAGUGUCAACUAGACGAAGAGUCAUUGAAACACAAAGCUGUACAAACUUCUAAACAGUAUUCCAAAGAUGUCAGAGUGGGGAAUAAAUCCUUGGACAUGUGUGUUGGAGAAGCUGAACCCCCAAAUGCUGACCCAGCCCCAGCCAGCUUGCCUUCAAACCCUCCACCCGAAUACAAGCUUCUCUUUAAGGAAAUCUUUAGUUGUAUCAAGAAAACCAAACAGGAAAUUGAUGAACACCGAGCAAAGUAUAAAUCCUUUCCUUCUCAGCCUUAACAAACUUUCUGUACAUCACUACUACCUUAGAAAACCGUUGUUCUUGAGAAGUAGCUGUCUGAAUGUUUCAUUUGAGACAUUGCUGCAUGUCUGUUCUGCUAGAGUAUAUGUAGGUUGACUUUUUGAACUUGUAGGAUGGGUUGGGUCCACUUGAUUUGGGGUGUGUGUGUGUUUGACACAGUUGUUGCCACUGAUUUGCUCAGGGCAUUGCAGAUUAUGCUAAAUUGGCAGAUGAAAUGGUUACGUGACUCUGCUAACUGCACCUAAUGCCUGGUAAUAAAAGUUGUAUUUUGGAGAAUUGGAAACCACCCAGUGGCUGCAUGUUAAAUAGUUGUCACUUACGGAGGUCUAGUUUUUGGAUUCUUUCUGCGGUCCCGAGUUGGAAAGUAGAAAUUCUUCUGUAGUGUUGUGUUUCUCUUCAACAAUGGCAAUUCGGCUAUUAAACAUGGUAUGAAAUUAAAUUGCAAGUCUGGUACAUUUUUAAAAGGCAACCUCCUUGCAUUUAAUAUUUGACUCCAAAUAUGUUUUUGUUUUUGUCAGACCUGUGAUUUAAAGUAA